GCGCCAAGAGAGAGAGAGAGAGAAAACUUGCUUUAAAUUUUAGUGGACACCACCCUUAAGAAUGAUUAAAAUAACCAAUUAACCAUAAAUAAAUAUACUCGAUAAAUAAUUUUAUUACACUCAAUUAAUCCCAAAACAUUUAAUAAUAAUAAUGUUUAAUUGAAAACAAUCCACUCAUUUUAUAUUUUUUUUCUCUUUAUUUUAUUAACAUCAAAAUAAUAAUAAAUAUAUUAUUUAUUUUUAUUUACAAUUAAUUAAUUAUUUUUCAAGUGUUAUUUUGAUAGAUAAAAAUUGAACUUAUUUUGUGUGUGACAAAUUGGUAUUCAUAUGUGCAAUAUGCACUAGUUGCUGAAUACUAAAAUAAAUAAAAUAAAAAAAAAAAAAAGUAAUCGAGACCAUGUUAAUUGAUCGAACAAAUCAAACGUCCAACAAAAAGUGAAAUUUUUUCGUUUUAUUAUUAUUAUAAAUUAACUUGGAAAAUAUAAGAGUAAAAAAAAAUGGAUAAAGAAGAAGAAAAAGUGGCAAGUGAUAGUGUUGAUGGUAUUGAUAAGAAUAUAAAAUCUGAUGAUGAAGAUAACGAGGUACCACAUUAUGGCUGCGAUCAUUACAAAAGAAAAUCAAAAUUUGUUACACCAUGCUGUAACAAAGUUUAUACAUGUAGAUUUUGUCAUGAUGAACAAGAAACUCACAGUGUAAAUCGUAAAGAAGUUACUGAAUUAAUUUGUGUUGUUUGUGAUACACGUCAACCAGUACAAGCAACAUGUCAAAAUUGUAAUGUACGUUUUGGUAAUUACACAUGUCUUGAAUGUAAUUUAUUUGAUGAUGAUGAUAAAAGUCAAUAUCAUUGUGAUGGAUGUGGUAUAUGUAGAGUUGGUGGACGUGAUAGAUUUUUUCAUUGUGCAACAUGUAACAUGUGCCUGCCAGUACAACUUAAAAAUGGACACAAAUGUGUUGAAAAUGUAUCACACUCAAAUUGUCCAGUGUGUCUUGAUGAUAUACACACAAGUCGUAUACCAUGUCACAUUCCUGAUUGUGGACAUUUGUUACAUCGAAUUUGUUUUGAGGAACUUUUACAUUCUGGUCACUAUGCUUGCCCAACAUGUCAAGUCUCAUUACUUGACAUGACAGAUCUAUGGAGAUAUCUUGAUCAAGAAGUAUCACUUACACCAAUGCCACUUGAGUACAAACUGUAUAAAGCUGAAAUUUUAUGCAAAGAUUGCCACGAGGAAUCUACUGUGAAAUUCCAUGUUGUUGGUUUGAAGUGUUUACACUGUGGAAGUUAUAAUACUUGCAGAAUCAAAGGAUCACCAUGUCCUGCUGAUUUAGAUGCACAAGAAGCAUCUGAUUCAACAGAAUCAACAGAUGCUACAGAAUCAAUUGAAACAGCUGAUCCAACAGAAGCAAUUGAACCAACAGAACCAACAGAUGAACAAGCUGCUGAAACGAUUGAUGAAGAAGUUGCUGGAUGUAGUGGAGUUACAGACGAUAAUCAACAAACAGAAUCUGAUUAAUUAACAAUUUUUUUAGUUGAUGAUAUCGAGACUGUCGCAUUAAAACAAAAUCAUGAAAUUUAAGACAAAUACUCGCUUAUCAAAGUAUGUAUUAGAAAAUUUAUAAAUUAAUAAUUUUAAUUAAUUUUUUUUUUUUCUUCUAUAUUGACAAUAUCAUUCACAAUUUGUGUGAUUAUUAUUAUUAUUUUUUUAAUCAUGUAAUUCCAAUAAUAUUAAAAAACUUUAUUUCCUUUUAAUUAUUAUUGAAAAAUAAAAAUAAAAUGAUCUUGUAGAUUUUAAAAAGACGAAUGUAAAUAAGCUGAUAUUAUUUUCUUUUUUGUUGAUAUUAAAUAUUGUUAUAAUUAUUAUUUAGAAAAUUAAAAAGAGAAAGAGAUUAUCAUUUUGUUAUUAGUCUAAAAAAAUAAUUGACAAAUGUGGCAUGUUGAUAAAUGAAAAAUAAAUUUGAUAAAUUUAUUAUAUUAAUUUUCUUUUACAAAAAAUAGUAAUUGGUUUUUUUUAAAAAUCAAAUCAGCAUUUAUCAAAGCAGUUAAUGCCAUUUUUUUUUUUUUUUUUUUUGAUAAUGGUAUAUUUUUGUAACCAUCAUUCCUAAUAAUUAUUGAUAAAGGAAAUUAAUUAAAAUAUAAAAAGACAAAUGUUUAAGGCACCUAUUGUGUGUGACAAUUUGAUAAAAACACUUGUUGUUUUUUUUUUUAUAUUUAAUCACUGUACAAUAAUUUUAAAAAUCAAAUUUUUGAUUAAACUUCCGUUUGUAGAUUUUUCUGCUACUUUAUUGUCAACAUUCUUUUUAAAUAUGUAAAAAAAAAAAAAAUAAAAAAGAUGUGCAAUUGUGCUUUUAAUUUUUUAGCACGAAAAUUAAUGAAAUAAAUUAAUAAUUAAGAAUAAUUAGUUUAUAUUUGAAAAAACUUAUAAGUGAUUUUGAGUCAAUAAUUAAAAUUAAAUAA